AUGUCGGAAUCAUACUCCGCUGAUUUAUUCGUACUAAACAAACCGGUUGGAGGUAAUGGGGGAGCAGACUUCAAAGCGAUAGGCCUUCCCGGAUCUUUCGUCAAGGAAAUCAAGAUCUACCAUGGAACAAUGAAAUGGGGAUCAGGCAGACGAGGAUUUAUCCAAGGACUUGAGCUCGAGUUUACUGAUGGUAAACGUACUUCGGCCGGAAAUACCGACUCAUCGAACCCGUUUGAGAUGUGUGUAUUGGAUGUUAGCAAAGACGAAAAAGUCAAAUCAAUAUCUUUAUGGGGAAUGGGAAGUGGUCAAUGGGACCGAACAUCAGAGAUUUACCUCGAAACCAACAAAGGAACAAAACUGAGUGCCGGCGCUAAAGACACAAAAAAGAAGGAGAACGAAUUCAAAAUGUCUAUUGGCUCCGGAUUACUGCUUGGAUUUCAAGGUCGUGCUGGAGGCUGCAUCGAUUCUUUGGCACCUAUCUUUCUCAAGCCGGUUGCAAAGAAAUAUAUCGAUAAGGUUUCGUAUCCUGAUUUCGACGUGUCUAAUAAGGAAUUUCUCGAGAUGCAAUAUCUGGACAGGGCAACAUCGGUCUGGAAAGGCGUCUCUGGCACUUCCAAAGUCCAGAGCGAACGCUCGUUCACGACAUCCAACACCUGGACCACGACCACAAAUAUUGAAAAUUCAAUUGGCUUCAGCAUUACGGCGAAGAUUCCUUUGGUAUCGGAAGCUACUGUCUCGGAUACGCUGACGAUGGGCAAGGAAAAGUCGUAUGAGUCAGCAGAAACGGAAACGAAGCUUCUUAGGUGUGAGCAGGAAGUUCCAAUGGAUGACGAGAACGACAAUUUCGAAUUACGUGCCAUCUUUUAUUCCGGCAAACAAGACGUUGCGUAUAAAGGAACCUUCAACGUCGUGACUGAGGACGGCCAAAAGUUUUCUUUUCCAACGUCUGGCACUCUGAAGCAGGUCAUGUGCUCUAGAGUUGAUGUUCAGAUCGCUCGCAUAGGCGAGAUUGGAGAGAAUGAUGAGCCGGAAUUUAAAAGCAUUAAAGGAGGAAAGGGCAAUGAAAUGCGAUCUUUGGAUGAUGAAGAUGAUGUCGUCGAUGAAGAGCGAGGUGCAGAGGAUGAGGCUGUGGAGAAUGAAGAUUUCAAUGAGGCUGCCAACUACGAGGAUGACACCACAGGUGAACAGGUUGAGGAGUAUGCGGAUGACGCCCAAGACAACGAAGAUCCUACAUACAACCAGAACGAGGAUGCCGAGCCCGAAUACCAAGCCGAACCCGAAGUUGAGGAGAAUGAGUCAAAUGAGUACAACCGGGAUGGUGCGGAAGAGGAGCCAACAGACUCAAACGAAUACACCCAAAAUGAAGACGCGGAAGAAGAGCCAGCGGAACGUUCAUACGACCAAGAAAACGAAAACACAGGCAGUGAUGAGUAUGCAGAGAACACCGAGGAGAGAUCAGCAGACGCGACAGACGAGCCAGAAGCCGAAAACGAGUACGCCGAGGAGACAAUCACCGAGGAUCGUGAAUACCAAGCCGAACAGUCCGAGUCAAAUGAUUACAACGAGGAGAACGUUGCUGAUGAAUCAUCUGAGCAAGUCCAAGAGCAAUACGCACCAAACGAGUACAAUGAAGAUGCGUAUGUUGUAGAGCCGGUCGAGCCAGUUCAAGAAACGGGUUAUGGUGACGAGUACUCUGAGUCUCAGCAAGAAAAAUACAAAGUGCAGGCUCAGGUGAGCGAGUAUGAGGUUGAGGAGGAGAGAGAGGGUGGUGGUUAUUAUGACAAUAACGCGGGAUCGAGGUAUCAGUCUCAUGAGGCUAGUUAUGCUUAA